AUGGGGUUCUCUCUUGCUGGGAUUUUGCAGGCUCUGCUGUUGUGCCUCAAUGCUAUGGCCAUCUUAUCCGAGAGGCGUUUACUAUCUAGGUAUGGGCUUGCCUCAUCAGCGGUGAUGGACAGCAGUGAUAUUGGUAGUGAAACAGCUUUUAGCUCGGGUGACGAAUUAGCGGGAGUGCCUCGGCAGCGACCCUUCAGAGAAAGCAUUGCCGCAUUACUGAGCAGCGUGCGCACGCUUAUGCGAUGGCCACUGAUAUUCAUUAACACAGCGGUGAUUGUGUUCACACUUUUGUUUGGAUAA